AUGGCCACUACCCCGCGGGAAUGGCUGCAGUCCAAUGGCGUGGACCUCUCUUCAGGCUAUUCGAGCAAUCUUCAAUCGGCGCUCCUCGUCGACACUCUCAAGGAGAGUAACUCAGCUCUCAAAGAUGCCAACGCUGCUCUCAAAGAUUUAGUCUCCUCUCUGCAAAGUGAACGGGACCUCCUCAUCGACAAGAACAAUAAACUAGUGGCACAACUCGCUCGUCGGUUGAAUCCCAAUGAGGCAGCAAACGCUGAUCGUGAUAACCGCUUGAGUCAGCUGGAUCUCUCCAAGCUUCCCCAAGAGAUAGUCCUUCGCAUCUGUCUAGCGGCCAUACCCGACAAGUACCAGCACGACUAUUCCUUUGCCGCCGGCCCUCGGAGCCCAUGGUUCAAAUGGUUGAACACCCGGACGGCCCUUACUCUCGUCUGUAGAGCCUGGAACGGGCCGGCUUCUGAGGCGCUGUAUACCGACAUAACUUUUCGACGGGCAGGCCAGAUUCCCGCCCUUGCACGUACAUUCCGCGCCUCAGCUGUGGUCAACGCUCCCAACCGCGCCAGAUAUGUGAAGCGCAUCUAUAUGGACUGGUGCACUGUCAUGUCUCACUGCGAGAAGAUCGUCCGGGAUGACCUCAUGUAUCUCUUGCAACACUGUACUGCACUCAAGUCGUUUGCGUUACGGCCUCAUCCAGUUAUGUGGGCCUCACACAAUUCAGACGCACCAAUCAUCCGGCACAGACCUCACUACAUCUCUAAUCCGCAAUGGCUUCUCAGCAAAGAAGGGAAUCCCGCCUACGGCAUGGCGUUAGCGUCACAGUGCGGUGCGGGACUGCAAGAACUAGCCUUCGUGGGCCCGCUGAUAUCCCCGCAAUCACUAAAUCUCUUCUGCCUACUUCAGGGAGCUGUCCAUCUGAAGAUUUUGAUUUUGGGCGCCGUGGAUUUUCCUAACGUACAAAUAGGAAGUAGCCAGCCAUCAAUCCCUGCGCAAGUGGCUUUACCCCGUCUCGAGGAACUCCAACUUUUCCUGCACAACGACAUGCCCCGGCUCCACAACUACAUUUGCGGGGCAUGGCACCUUCCUGUCCUCAAGAGGCUCACACUCUCGGGCUGCAACUUCUUCCCGGCGGACAUUCUCGCGAAACACGGUGAGAUGCUCGAAUACCUACAUCUCCGCUUCGUCCCAAGCACUUCGUCUCCCUGGCGCGACCAACGUCCCGAGUUCGGGUUCAGUCGUAUCCGCCGCUGCUGCCCUCACAUCCAGCACCUCGUCGUCCCCUUUCUCCCGGCCUACAACCUGCUAUGCACCAUCGACUCCCCGACGCUGCGCUACCUCGACAUGUGGGGCGGGCGCCACAAGCGACGUGUCGUCGAGCUCAUGUGCGAGCUGGGUCGCGCAAGCGAGCUCCCGUCCCUGCGCUCUGUUCGCAUCCUCCCCUCUGCACUAGCACAUAUACUCCCCCAGGACGUCCCGCUCAUUUGCCACCCGACGGACGUGAGCGACGAUGAAGUGCGGAUGAGGACCUUCCCUGCCGCCCGCGUCCUGCAGACGUCGUGGGCGCUCUUGACAGACUGUGGCAUGGACUGGGGGGUAGCGUUUUUGGACGGCGAGAUGUGCGAUGACGAUUCCGACGGCUCGAACUACGAACCGGAGGAGCAGGGCGCGAAUGAGAACGGGGACGGGGAUGACGAGGAUGAGGACGACGGGACGUCUUGGGUAUCAGACUCGGAGGCAGGGGAUCUAGCCUCAGACGAUGAUACUGCGCUAAGUAGUGAAGAGGAAUCUGGGAUGGAGUAUGACAGAGAGGCGGUAUUGCAGCGUUAUGCGCAGAGUCAGCAGGAGGACUUCCUGUUUGAUGAUGAUACAGACGGCGAAGAAUCUGAGGAAUGA